AGACAAAGACUGUGUCGAGCAUAUGAAAUUUUUCAAAUAAUUUCCUAAUUUUCGAAUUUUUCUAAGGCAUAAUUAUACUGUGUCCUAAUUAUCCUAAUUAUUAGAUAUUUAUUAAGUAAAACUGGCAUUGUUACGGCCCCCUGUGAGUGGUCACACCUUUUUUCACCUGUUGAUUGCUCAGUGAACCGUGUCAUUUGACACCAAAUCGGAGACACACCAAAUCUGUACACAUAUGCGUGGUUUAUAGAAGUACACAAAUAAUUUCGACGAGAUGUCUGAACUUCUUGGGUUUGUACCUAAGAUAUCGAAGCUUCGAGGGAAGCCGAAUGAUGACUGGAUUGAUCGGAUGUCGCAUGUUUACACGACCGUUGUGUUGAUCAUCUUCACGGUUGCUGUCAGUUCCGGUCAGUUCUUCAAAGACCCUAUACAAUGUUGGCAUCCUGCAGAAUUCAAAGACUCGAUGGAAGCGUAUACGAAGUACCAUUGUUGGGUGAAGAAUACCUACUAUGUUCCGAUGUAUGACGAAAUUCCGGAAAAUAUUUCCGAGCGUCAAGAUGCUGAAAUUACAUAUUAUCAGUGGGUUCCAUUGAUUUUGCUUUUCAUGGCUUUCUUAUUCAAACUUCCGAAUGUUGUUUGGAGAAUUUUCAAUGGCGGAUCUGGACUUAAUUUAGAUAAAAUCGUACAUUUUGCAGAGCAGUCACAGCUUGGAAAUCCAGAUGAUCGUGAAAAAUCAAUUAAAUCCCUGGCAAAUUUUAUGGACAAAUGGUUAGACUCAAACGUUGAAAGGAACUGGAAUGUUAUUAAUAGAACAAAACAACAGAUCUCGCGUUAUUUCUGUUUCUUCUGCAACAAAAAGGCGGGAAAAUAUUUAGUAGCACUUUACCUUUUCGUCAAGGUUUUGUAUGUUUUUAAUGCAAUCGGACAAAUAUUUCUCCUAAACGCUUUCCUUUCAACUAAAUUCAGCUUUUAUGGUUUUGAAUUUUUGGAAAAUUUAAACAGCGAUAGACCAUGGAGAGCUUCACCAAGAUUUCCUAGAGUUACCCUAUGCGAUUUCCAGAUUAGACAACUCCAGAACGUACAAAGGUUUACCGUACAGUGUGUUUUACCCAUCAACCUUUUCAACGAGAAAAUCUUCAUCUUUAUUUGGUUCUGGUUGAUCUUCAUCGCCAUUUUGGCUGUUUACAAUUUGUUCAUGUGGAUUUACCUGGUUAUGCUGAACGUCAACAAGACACAGUACUGCAAAAAGUACUUGAAAAUAAAUAACUUACUUCAUACAAGCUUUGACAAAAAACUUUGCGCCAAGUUCGCAGAAAAUUACAUGCGUGACGAUGGCGUUUUCGUUUUGCGAGUGAUCGCUAAAAACUCUACUGAUCUAGUCGUUACCGACCUUGUGAAAGAGCUGUGGGAAAUUUACAAAAAUAAACAGAGCACACGAAAAAAUGAAGAUGUCAAAGAAUUGGAACCAGUCGCCAAUGGUGAUGAUGAUGACAUUAAAAAGCCUCUAAAUAAUGAAUAUUCAUAACAUUGUCACUAAGUGACUCAUUUGCAUAUCCAUAGUCUUCCAGACCAAAUGGUUCGCGGACCAAGAACGCAGAUGUUAACUCUCGUAUUCGUUGCAUUUUCAUGACUUGUUAAAUUUUAUGGUGCUUUUUAAAAACAAUGCCAGAAUAGCUGAGUUUGUGAUAGCGUAAUUUUACAUCUUGUUUUUUUUUUAUCUUUUAAGUACAAUAUUCGUUGUUGGUAGUAAACUAAAAAGAUGACACGAGACCGAAAUAUGAAGUUUUCAAAGUAAGAAACGAACUUCCAUGAUUCAUCCAGCUUUUUAAGUGAAAACUUGUACAUGUAGUUGUUUUAAUGUGAAUAGCAAAUAUUAAUUGUUUUGUCACUGGCUAAUUUAGAAUCAGAUAGUGUCAUUGGCGUGUAUAUACUGUUUUAUAGAUUACAUGCGUUGCGUAACAUUAGGGACUUGUCUCUUAUUCCAUUCUUGAUUAUACAUGUAUCAUUUGUAAAAAUAUGAAUGAAAUGUAUCAUUCCAGAUUAGUGUUAAAUCGGGCAUUCCAAUAAAUAAUUAAAAUUGUUAAUAAAGCA